AUGGAAAUUGAAAAUAAAAAAAAGAAAGAAAUUGAAAGAAUAGAACAAGAAAAAAAAGAUAUAGAAUUUGAAAAGUUGAAAAUGGAAAUGACAGAAAUUAAAAGAAUAGAACAAGAAAAAAAAGAAAUAGGAAUUGAAAAUAAGAAAAAAGAAUAUGAAAGGGAAAUUGAAAGAAUAGAAGAAAAUAAAAUUGAGAAAUUGAAAGGAGAAAUGAAAAUAGAAUGGGAAGAGGAAAGGAAUAAAAUAGAAGAAAUGGCCAUAAAGGAAAGAGAAGAAAAGGAAAAGAUUGAAUUAAAGAAAAAAGAAGAGGAAAUACAGAAAAUAGAAAUGGCAGAAAUGAAAAUAAAAAUAAAGGAGUUGGAGGAGAAAAUUGUAAAUAAAAGAAUAGAACAAAAUUAUAAAGGUCAAAAAGAAUGUUAUAAUUGUGGAAAAUUUGGGCAUUUAAAAAGAGAAUGUAAUGCCAGGGUAAAUCCAGGAGUUAUACCAAAGAUAUGUAAAAGAUGUGGAAAUAAGGGUCAUAAUGCGGAAGAAUGUUACGUUCCAGCGUACAAAUUAGUGAAUGGGAACCAAAAAAAUGAAAUAUAUUGUGAAAAUUGUGGGAAUUUAGGACAUACUAAGGAUAAGUGUUAUAAAAAUGAACAAGGUGUUUGCAAAGCGUUUCCAGCGGUGGAAUACGUAGGAAAUGAGCAGAAAAAUAUAGUUAAAAGAAUUAAUAGAGAGGAUAUAACUUGUUAUAAGUGUCGAAAUAUUGGGCAUUAUGCGAAGGAUUGUACAGUAGGAUGA